UUGUGUUUGCCUUUAUGUAACCGAACGUGUGAACGACUCACGGUGCCCGCCGCUGUUUUGCAUAUUGUACGGAUUUCAAUGUCCGCUGCGGCACGUGCAUCACGCGGAUUUCUAAGUCCAAAUGCUCUCGCUUCUUUGAACCGAUUCAAAACAUACUCGGGGCUUUAUUAACAUAACACGCGACCCGCGACGCAGUAAGAAAGAUGGCAUAGCAGCGGAAACCGAUUGGAUUUCAAUAAUUCAACUUCACCAGCUAUUAUCCAAUCGUUAUCGAUCGCGAUUUACAUACACUUCCAGCCUAUCUUUCUAUCUUUCUAUCUUCAGCCCAACAACAUCUUUUUGCUCUAUCUGCGCGAAUAGGUCUAGGUCAGACAACAGUUGGGUCUAGGUCAAGUUUAAGCACGGUGUAACAGCGAUUUUCACUUUCGAUCUUCUUUCGUUGAAUUCAUUUUAUUUCUCUGUCAACCGGAUAUUUCCUUUCUUAUAGUAUGCGCUAUUCUGUUUUAUUAUCUGUUUCAUGAUCGUGUUAAAAUAGUUAUUUCGUAUAUCGUACGUCACGCUCCCUUUGAUCUUAUACGCACGAGCACGCAGAUGGCUAUCUGUGGCUGCUAGCGAAAUUGCAUUACAGUACACGAGGCGUUAGUUAAUUAACAAGAGGUCGCGCAAAACCUCGCUGCUCGCGGACCGUUCUCCAACGAUGUUUUCGCAAUUAUAGCGCGCAUCGAUGCCACCUUUCUGUCACUCUCGCAACAGAUCCUCGAUACUUGGCUACGCGAGCGUCGUUUAUGCAUGGAAUAGAAAUCGAUGGAAAUAAGCGUGUAUUAGUGCGAUAAAAACAGGAAAAAGAUAAUCACACGACACAGUCGACGUAUCACAGGCUAUAGAAAUUAUUUUAUCGUCGAUCUACUUACUACCACGAGUUUUGCGAGUUAAAACUUGGAAAUCGAAUUUGGAUUAAUCUAGAGUUCUAUGUUAUUCAACGUAGAAAAAAAUAUGACGAUUCGAAUGAUUUAUAACGGAUGCCCAAUAAAUUAUAGAUUCAAACAAUUUAGUCAAUUACGGUUCUUUUUACGCAACCGAGAGAUGACGUAGGGUCAGUUAGGUAAUGAAUUAACGUUUUUUCCUUUUAUCGAAAUGGAAAAAAUCAAUGACACAUGACAGAGACUUGAAAGUAUACAUAUAAUAACAGAGUAAUGAUUUAUUGAUAAAGAGAAAAUGUAUGUAUGUAGCGUAUCUUGCGUCGCAACAUCGUUAGAACGAGACACGUUUUGAGCACGUUUCCUACUUUUCCCCGAUUGAUAUAUCGUGACAUGUAGAAUCAUGAAGGAGAGACGAGCACGUGUAGUCUGCAUAUAAACGCACAUUGCGUCGAACUUGUGAAUGAACAAGAGAAGAUGCCUGGCCACCGUCAGCCUAAGUCCCUAGAGAGACUUAGUUUGGGACGUGUGUGUCAACAACUCGACGGGACGUGCCGCAGGCUGCAGGUGCUUUCACAAGAAUCAUCUGCUGCACAAGUAUUGGCAUACGCAAAGCAGACCAUUAGACCUUACUACAUAAAUGCCUUGCCAGCACGUUUGAGGUCUCAAGUUAUCGAAGAAACUUCAAAAAUGUUAUAUGGGCCUGCAUCAGAUGGAUCAACUUUAAUUUCUGGCCCAGCUCCUUUAUACUUAUUAGCCCUUCUUCUUGGACACGAUAUAAAACAGUUAAAAGUGAAUCUCUGCUGUUAUUAUGGAUGCAGCCAUCAGACAUCGUUACUAAAGCUACUUGCAUCAGAAGGAAUUGGACUUGAAUCUUUAGAGCUGGCUCGUUCAGCUUUAUUAAGAUUGGACUGCAAAUUAUUAAGAUGUGCUCUCUUAAAUAUGAAGAAUCUGAUGAGUUUAACUUUACGUAAUAUAGCCAGUGAUGUAGUGCUUCAAGUAGUGGGAAAAGCUUGUCCAAAACUUGUACACCUGGAUGUAGCUUGUUCCAGACAAGUAACAGAUGUAGGAUUGAAGCAAUUACUGUUACAAGUAGAACUUAGAGACAAGGUGCCCCAUACUGCGAUGCAAGAACCUACUAGUUGGUCCCGUUUAAAAACAUUGCUUUCAAAAUUGAAAAUGAGAAAUUCUAAAUCAGAGAAAAAGGAGAAGCAAGGAGUACUUUUGGAAUACUAUGAAAGCAGAAACUUUCUCUGUGAUACGCUCAGAGUACUUAACGUCGCUAACACUGGUGUAACUAGUACAGGAGUACUUCUGGCUUUGGUACAUGUUCCACAGUUGGAAUCUCUAGCAGAAUAUAGCCAUAUGGGAAGAGUAGUGGAAAUUAUGAACAAAGGACUCAUUGGAUUUAAAACUCCAUUUAGUCUAACUCAAGCAAGAAGUUGCAGAACAACACCAGUUCGUUUAGAACUUUUAGCACAGGCAUGCCCAAGAGUUGAAAAAUUACAUAUUUCAGAGCCUCAUCAUCCUCCUGAGGCUUUGAGAUUAUUUCCCUAUGUCACUUCCUUGAGCGUGCACAGUAUACCAUCUCAAAGAGAAUGGUUGGAUGGUUUUUACGAUUAUCUUCGCACUAACGGUCACAAUCUACGCGAACUUAAUUUGAGAAUAACGCAAAACGAAAAUCCUAUUCAAGUUGAUUUAAAAGAAGUUUUUAGUAAUUGUUCUAAUCUUAGAACGUUUACUAAUGAUGGAUCAAACAUAAUUUGGACAGAAGGUGCCGAUCCUCCUCCACUGAGAUAUUUGAAGAAAAUUCAAUUAGGCCGUAUAGUAAGUGCUGUUGCUAUUACAAAACUUCUUUCAUUAGCACCAGAGUUAACAGCACUACAUGUUCAUAGUUGUUUUGAUCUCACUAAUGAACACUUGGAAAAGUUAUUAAGUAUAUCGAACAAACACAAAAAUCCAAGAAAGUCUGAUAAGUGUGAAAAUAGUUUAGUACAAAACCUAACGUGUUUUUACAUAUACGAGGCCAGUAAGGUAUCUGCAACUACUGUACUGAAUAUGUUUAAAAGCUGUAAAAGACUGAGAAAGAUUGGAAACUUGGCAAAUUGGGGUUUGGAUUGUGAAGGUGUAAGGAUGUUAAGAACAACAUUAACUCGCGCAAAUUUGGACGUGGAUUUAUGUCCAGGAGCUCAUUGGUUUUGUGGUAAUUGUAUCCAAUAACAGAUUUUUUCAAACUUCUAUGUAACAAAAACAGCUUUUUAAAAAUCCUGUCCAUGACAUAAUCGGCUGCUGUUUAAAUCUGUUAUACUUUAAUAGACUGUAAAAUUGUCAGUAUUAAAAAUAAUGUUAAUAAAUAUAAGAAAAUUUAUAUUUGGAUAAACGCAAAGAUACGUUUAUUAUGUAAUUAAACAAAUAUAAACAUAAUCGCAACUGGUAACAGUAAUUGGUCGUCUUAGCAUCUUAUAACAAAUAUAUUUUUGCUGCGUUUAAUAAAUUCAGAUUUGAUUUUGUAUGAUUAUAUACUUUGUUACGAUUAUAAAUACUAAAAUAAUAUUCAACAAUAACAUACUAAAUAUUAAAUAAAAAAACUAUAUUACUAUCUCACGUUGCAGUAACUUACUUUAUAGCAAUAAGAUUAACAAAUAAAUCAAAAUAUAUGAUAUGAAAUAUAUGAUUUCUUAUACUAUAAAAUAUAACUAUAUUAUGUAUUGAGUUAAAAAAGUUCCGUUAAAGAAAGUAAUGCCAGUAAAUAAGUGACAUGAUAAAAUAUA